AUGAGUUUCUCCAGUUGUCCGAGCGACAGUGCUUUUGGGCCAGCUGUUCGAGGAUGCCGGGCUGAUUUUGACUUCACACUGAAGUUCGAGAAAAUCUUCCUCAGCAUCAUCCCAGCCUCAGUUUUCAUUGCUAUCUCGCUUCCCAGGCUUGUCUACCUAUCAGGCCGCCCUUCAAUUGUCAAAGGGACAGCACUACGAAUUUUUAAAUAUUUCGCGAUCGGAAUUUAUGCAGCCCUCCACCUUGCACUACUGGGUCUGAUAGCAGCCCAGCCAGCGGGCAUGCGAGUUCUGAACAUCUCUACGGCGACUCUGACCUUCCUUUCGUCGAUAUGCAUACUGCUUUUGUCAGGUCUAGAACAUGGCCGCUCACCACGACCGUCCCUACUGCUCAGCGGGUAUCUGUUUCUUACCAUAUUGUUCGACACUGCCCAAGUCCGGACUCUUUGGCUGGCUUCCAGGACAUACGAGGAAUUCGCCAUAACAAAAGUGACAACAGCCGCACUAGGGGUCAAGUUGGCACUUGUCUUUCUGGAAGCUCAGCCAAAGGCAAGAUGGGUGACUCUGGACACCAAGAGCCACAGCCCAGAGGAAUUGACCAGUCUGUAUGGCCUGGGAGCCUUCAUCUGGCUCAACAAGCUAUUUUUGGCUGGUUAUGGAAAGAUUCUCCACAUGGACGAUCUUUUCCCUUUGGACAGCAGAAUGGCAGCAGAAGUGUUGGAGAAGCAGCUAAACGAUAUUCUGCACAACACCAAAUCCCGAGGGCAAAAAUAUGGAUUAAUCAAAGCCUUGGCGAGAAUGCUGGCGCCCAAUCUCCUGUUGCCCGUUGCUCCCAGGAUUGCCAUGACUGGGUUUACGUUCUGUCAGCCUUUCCUGAUCAAUGCGACCCUCUCGUUCUUGGAGCUGCCAACCGCAUCAAGAGAUCCUAAUGUAGGGUACGGCCUCAUUGGUGCCACGAUGCUCACAUAUUUUGGUCUGGCUGUGUCGACCGCGUUGUAUUGGUAUUACCAUGAACGGUCUUUGUGGAUGACUCGCGGUGCUCUAGCUUCAGCGAUAUACAGGAAGACGACCGAGGCAAAAGUGAGCAUUGCAGGCGACUCUGCAGCGAUAACUUUAAUGAGUACCGAUGUCGAGAAAAUAAGGUCGGGAAUGAUGAUGAUCCAUGAGUUCUGGGCUGAUUGCAUCGAAGUCGGGCUCGCCAGCUUUCUACUCUACCGGUCGCUGGGUGUUGCUUUCCUGGCGCCUGCCGUGAUCGUCGCCGUGGUCACCAUAUUGAGCUCGGUGAUCGCCAGCUUCACUGGGGCGCGUCAAAAGCAGUGGAUGGAAAGAAUCCAGACUCGAGUUGGGAUGACAGCAAACGUCAUCUCCCAUAUGAAGAAUCUCAAGAUCUCUGGCUUGGCUCUGCCUAUUCAGUUCAUCAUUCAAAAUCUGAGAGUGGAUGAGCUGAGAGUCGGAGGGCGUUUCAGAAUUGUUGAGUGCUGGAUGGUUCUCCUGUCCUACGUGCCGACGUUCAUAUCGCCUGUGGUCACUUUUGCUUGGACUUCAAAGACACUCACUGUGACACGAAUGUUCACUUCCUAUUCAUACCUGAGUCUUCUUUGCACUCCCCUCGUCGACAUAUUCCAAUGCGUCCCGCAAGUCAUGUCAGCUAUUGCGUGUCUCGACCGGAUACAAACUUUCCUCGAAGCAGAUAGCAGAGAGGAUUUCCGCAGUGCCAUAUCUGCAGAGCCCCCCGCCGGAAAGAGUUCUGGAGAGGAGAAGACAGCCAUGUCGGCCUCUCAGCUUCAUGGGAAGCCUGUGAUUGGCGUCUCCAGAGGUAGUUUUGGGUGGACUGACGGAGCUAGUAAAACUCUUUCAGACAUCGACAUGAACAUACCGGCUGGUCAGCUCACAAUUGUUGUCGGGCCGAUCGCAUCUGGAAAAUCAACAUUCUGCAAAGCGUUACUCGGCGAAGUUCCGAUUUUUGAUGGCCAAGUCACUCUUGGCAGGUAUCUGAGACGGGUCGGAUACUGCGAUCAAACCCCUUUUCUCACUAAUGCCACCAUCAAGAAAAACAUUAUAGGGUUCUCGUCUUUCGAUAAAACGCGAUACGACGAGGUGAUCGAAGCAGCAAUGCUCCGGCCUGACUUUUCCACUCUUCCUCAGGGUGAUGAAACCAGAAUCGGAAGCAAUGGAAUCUCACUCAGCGGCGGUCAGAAGCAGCGUGUUUCCAUAGCAAGAGCCCUCUACCUCGAGACCAACCUUUUUAUUUUCGACGACGUCCUAAGCGGUCUUGAUGCCGACACUGACGAGCAGGUCUUCCUGCGCGUAUUCGGGCCUGACGGUAUCAUCAAGCGAAGAAACGCGACCGCAGUCCUCUGCACUCAUUCGGUCCGGCAUCUUCCCGCGGCUGAUCAUAUCAUAGCCAUCGGCGCCAAUGGACGCAUUGUUGAGCAGGGCCAUUUUGAGGAUCUCGUCGCAAACAAGAGCUAUAUACAUAGCCUUGGGGUCAAGGCCGGAACUCCAGACCAGAGCUCCUCAAAGUCGAGUGGCAUCUCGAUGGCGUACAACGAGGAAACGGCCCCUGAGCCUCUGCUCCGGGUCAACACGACGAUUACGACAGGUCCCUCCACUACCCAGGAAGACAGAAGCAGAAUGAAUGGAGACAGUGCUGUCUACAAGCACUAUUACAAAAGCAUCGGAUUCUGGCCAGUUGCUUUGUUUCUUCUAAUGGCUGUGGCCGAUGGGUUCUUUUGGAACUGGCAGAGUAUUUGGAUUAACUUCUGGAGUGACGGAAUCACCAAAAACCCUCCGAGUCACAGCUCAGGGUAUUACCUUGGAUUCUUUGCUCUUUUCCAAAUCCUUGCAUGCGCAUUUCUGUUCUGGAACGUCUGGAUCUGUCAGCAGCGAAUGCUCACCGCGUCAGGUGCCUCGUUGCACAAGGCAGCGUUGAGCACCGUUAUCACGGCCCCCCUGAAGUUCUUCACAUCGACAGACAACGGUGUCGUGACGAAUCUCUUCUCUCAAGAUAUGACUUUGAUGGAUGGCGAGCUCCCCCUGGCUUUGAUCAAUACUAGCGUGACCGCGGCUGUGAGUGUUGGCAUGGCUGGUGUGAUAGCAUCCUCUAGCCCAUACCUUGCCAUCACCUACCCGUUCUUGGUGGCUGUUCUCUGGCUCAUCCAGAAAUUCUAUCUCAGAACGAGCAGGCAGCUUCGACUUCUGGAUCUUGAAGCAAAGAGCCCUCUCUACACUCAUUUCAUGGACACGAUGAAAGGUAUUGCCUCCUUCCGUGCCUUCGGCUGGACUCAAGACGGCAUCGAAAUGAGCAAUCGCCUGCUCGACAACUCACAGCGACCGGCCUAUCUCCUUGCUAUGAUGCAGCGCUGGCUAGGAUUUACGCUCAAUUGCGUCGUCGCCGUGCUUGCGACUCUGGUCGUCACCAUGUCGACACAGCUUUCCUCAGGGACAGGCUUCACUGGCGCGUCACUGGUCACAUUGAUGUCUUUUGGGAUCAUGGUCACAGUAAUGAUCCGGUCCUAUACCCAGCUUGAGACCUCCCUCGGUGCCAUUAAUCGACUGAAGACCUUCUCUGAGACAGUCAAAUCUGAGUCACAACCCGGCGAAAACGUCUCUCCUAACGAGGCAUGGCCGCAGAACGGAGAGAUACGCAUAGAGGGUGUAUCUGCCUCUUACAAUGACGGCGAACUCGCGAUCCGCGACCUCAACCUUGUCAUUCGUAGCGGCGAGAAGGUGGCCAUCUGUGGGCGCAGCGGAAGUGGGAAAUCGUCGACCAUCUUGUUGCUAUUGCGGCUCCUGGAUCCGGUCCCACUCACGGCUGAGAAUAUGUACAUCGACGAUGUGCCCCUUCACCAGAUCGACAGACAAAUCCUGCGCCAACGCAUCAUUGCCGUCCCCCAGGAGACCGUUUUCCUGCCCGACGGCAGCAGCGUCAAGGAGAAUGUGGAUCCCUUCGGUUCGUCCUCUGAACUUGAGUGCCGCUCGGUCCUGGAGACGGUUGAUCUUUGGUCUUUUAUCAGCGAAAGAGGUGGUCUUGAGGCAGGAAUGAGUGCGGAUACCCUGAGCCAGGGGCAGAAGCAGCUCUUUAGCCUCGCCCGAGCUAUACUGAGGCGGAGGCUAAGGUCGAGAAACGUGGUCAAAGGAGGUGAUCGGGGCAUUCUGCUGCUCGAUGAGAUCAGCUCGAGCGUAGACUUGGAUACGGACCGCGCAAUGCAGCGCAUAAUCCACAGAGAGUUCGAAGGCUACACUAUUGUCAUGGUCAGCCAUCGGUUAGACAUGGUUAUGGACUUUGAUAAGGUCAUUGUGAUGGAAAGAGGCUCUGUAGUAGAGACUGGUCCACCGCGGACUUUGCUGGAGAAGGACUCGAGCAGGUUUAAGGAUCUGUGGCUGCUGUCUCACACUGACAAGGAAAUAUGA